AUGUCCCAUUGCUGUACUAACCUCCUGUGGGAUGUACGAAAACGUGCACUUGGAUUGGAUGAACCCAGUGUUAUCCGUAUCAACUAUUUGGGACGAAGAGAAUUUGUUCAAAAACUUAAAUUGGAAAAAACUCUAAAUAUACAUCAUGGCUGUGUAAAUUCGAUAUGUUGGAAUAGUACAGGGGAAUACAUACUAUCUGGGUCUGAUGACACAACUUUGGUCAUUUGUAACCCCUACAAUAAAAAGGUCUUGACGAGAAUCCGCUCAGGUCACAGAGCCAAUAUUUUUAGCGCGAAGUUCCUGCCACUUACCAAUGAUAAGCACAUCAUUUCAUGUUCAGGAGAUGGAGUCAUUUAUUUUACAGACAUUGAAAAAGAUACAGAGACAAACAGACAGUGCCAAUUUACAUGCCAUUAUGGAACAGCAUAUGAGAUUAUGACUGUACCCAAUGAUCCCUACACAUUUCUGUCAUGUGGUGAAGAUGGCACUGUUCGGUGGUUUGAUGUUCGAGCCAAGACCAGCUGCACAAAAGAAGACUGUAAAGAUGAUGUUUUGAUUAACUGCAGACGUGCUGCUACCUCAAUAGCCAUUUGCCCUUCAGCUCCAUUUUACCUUGCAGUUGGUUGCUCUGAUAGUUCUGUGCGAAUCUACGAUCGCCGAAUGCUCGGAACAGGAGCAACAACCAAUUAUUCAAAUCGUGGAACUACAGGGAUGUGUGUACGGUUUGUCCCCUCACAUCUUGUAAACAAAUCCUGCCGUGUUACCUCUUUGUGCUACAGUGAGGAUGGGCAAGAGCUUCUUGUGAGCUACUCAUCAGACUACAUUUACUUGUUUGAUCCAAAAGAUGACCAAGCAAAGGAGCUCAAGUUUUCUUCAGCUAAUCAAAGGCAAGAAGAAGUUCGACAACCACCACUUAAACGCCUUAGGUUACGAGGAGAUUGGUCAGAUACAGGGCCCAGAUCAAGGCCUGAAAGUGAACGAGAAGAGAUGGUGACAAUGCUACGAAUGCGUCACUCAUGCAAAGAAUGUCUGAUAUGCUUUCAAGAUGGUUUGAAGAAGCAAGUGAGGUUGCUCAAAGCAGCAGGAGAAGAGGAAGGACUCCAAACAGAGGAGAGUCACAGCCAGAGACAACAGCUUCAGCAAGUACAAAUCCGACAGAAUCCCAGGCUGCUGAAGCAAGUUCAGAGAUGGGCCAUGAUGAGAAUGCACCUCCUAAUACAGAUGUUGGAGAAAGCCAUACGUCACCGUCUGCUGUUGAGGCUGCACAUCAACAGAGUAGUUCAUCAUCAGAAAGCCCUACUUCCCCUUCUGAUUCUACUUCUGUGAUUAGCAAACAGCUUGGAUCCAUGUCAAUUGAUGAAGGACUUGAGCGUGGUAAACGAAGACCAGAAAGUGAGACAAGUGAACCAGUGCUACAGUUGCAUUAUAGUACAGAAGGAACUACCACAAGUACUAUAAGACUGGAUUUCACAGAUGAAUGGAGCAACACUGCCUCAAGUUCAGUAGCUGUAAAAGUGGGAUCUUCAGAUGAUGCUGCUACACCCGAACCUGCUUUGCCAAGUGAAAUGGAAGUCAGUUCUAUUUCUGCUGAACAAAAUGCAGACACACUUCCCGACAACAUGGAAACAGACCCAAAUAGCACAAAGAUGAGUUCUGAACAACCAAAUGCAAGCUCAAGUACGGAUGAGCAACCUGAAACGUCUAAAAACGCAGCACAGUCUGACAUGUCUGAAAGCUCCAGCCAUCGGGAAACUGACAGCGAUGACAACACAGUUCGGUUGCCUCCAAGAGCUCAGACUCAAAAUAGAUUUAAUGUUGGAAGUCCAUCACUAAGUGAUAGGUUAACAAGGAGAUCUGCUGCAGCUCGAAUUCAAGAACUGUUUAGAAGAAGGAAAGAGAGAAAGGAACUGGAAGAAUUGGAUAUGCAAAAUGUUCGUCAACCAUCUUCUAAAAUCGUGUUUAAGGGGCAUCGGAAUUCCCGGACUAUGAUCAAAGAGGCUGGCUUCUGGGGUAAAAACUUUGUCAUAAGCGGGUCAGACUGUGGUCACAUCUUCAUUUGGGAUCGACACACGACUGAGCAUCUAAUGCUCUUAGAAGCAGACAACCAUGUAGUUAAUUGUGUUCAACCACAUCCAUAUGACCCAAUUUUAGCAUCAUCUGGAAUAGACUACAAUAUCAAGAUAUGGUCACCACUAGAAGAAGACAAAUCUUUCAACUGGGCACUUGCUGAAGAGAUUAUGUCAAGGAAUGAAUUGAUGCUGGAAGAAACACGCAACACCAUAACUGUGCCUGCCUCUUUUAUGCUACGAAUGUUGGCAUCGCUUAAUCAUAUCAGAGCAGAUCGAUCUGAACAAAGUGCAGAAGGUCAAGAAAACUCAAAUGAAGAUGAGUGA